CUGGCCACAAGCGGGAUUUUGGUGGCGCUGUUUCCCCCCUCGGCAGAAGUAAGGGGAUGAUUUAUUUUCUGAGUGACAGACAGCAUCGAACGUUCUCGGGCGUUGAACGUUCUGGAAGAGUUGACAAUUAUUUUCAUCCGUGGACAAGUUAACUUUUCGCCAGGAGACACCAAGUUAACAACAACAAGUUAGCUUUUCAAUUUGAAAAGAAAUCAUGAAUCCCGUCAGCUUCUUCCCCGGAAAGAUGACGGUGACAUUUAGGAGGGGACCAUCGGGUCAUCUGCGGCAGGACCCAUCCUCUGAGGCCAUGAGGAUAAAACAUAAUCCUGGGCUUCAGGUCAAUAGUCCCGCUGAGAAACCUGAGCUAGUGAAGACCAGCGCUCGCACUGUGGUCAUCCAGCGAGGAGGGGAUGUGUCGGACCGACAGGAGGUGAUGGGAGAGUACCUGCUGCAGUUUGGCAAGUACCAGGGAAAAUCGUUCAAGUGGCUCCUCGAGAACGAUGUUGGCUACACCAUCUACCUGAUGAAAAAGGUAGACGAUGAGGAGAGAGCCGGGACCUUCAACCCACAGGGACACAGUAAGGACAGCCUGCUGUCUUUUCUGGACUAUGCCAGGAGCUUCCAGGAAAUACAGGACCUGAGGAACUACCUGAUCUCCAGGAACCCUGCUGAACCUGUGGCGUCAGAGGGGGACAAUAUUGUCGGCUUUGGUCGCAGGGCCAAAACCACCUGGAGGCAGAUCUGGGAGAGCAGGGCGGAUGGUUAUGCUGCCUACAUCUCACGCCAAAAGUGCAUCAAAAACAGCAAGAUGUACAACCUGCAGCAGUACAUCCUCAAGCAGGAAAGGGCUGAAUCCUGUCCAACACCUGCAGAAGGCUCCACUACAUCUACUGCCUCCAUCCCAACAUCAGGCACUCUAGAAGGCUCCACCACAUCUACUGCCUCCACCACAUCUACUGCCUCCACCCCAACAGCAGGCACUCUAGGUCAGUUCACAACAAUAUUCAAAUACUGACUUCAUGAUCUUUGAAUGUACCUAAAACACAAUGAAUGUUUUGUUUAAUCUCCUGUCAAACACCUGCAGAAGGCUCCACCACAUC